AUGCAGCUUCCGGUGUCUACUGUCGCAAUCCUGGCUUUUCAGGUACUCCAGGUGUCCGCCGCGGCCUUGAAUGCUCGUCUCACACCAUUGCAAAAUGACUGCAAUCUCCCAGAGGGGGAUCCUCUGGCGGCAGACUGUGCAAUAACCGAUCCUAACACAAUAUUGCGCCCCCGUCAAGACGGUGACGUACCUCUCGGUCUGACUUCCAUCACUGUCGGCAGCGGGACCACGUCGUCCGGAGGCGCCGUCACUAUCUCCGUCCCCUACUCACUCUCCCGCGAUCCUACAGGACCACUGACCGGAGGCGGCACCGGGACGUUUGACUCUUCCCCACUCAAGAGCGCGGUGUUAAUCCCCAGCGACGUGACCAGUUCGUCGCAGGGCGCGUUCUCGUCCGCACAGUGCACGUUCUAUACGGGGAGCGCGGACCUAGGAGACGGGGAUGUGUCGUGUGUUGGUACCUCGGUGGGAUCGGCUUCGACCGAUGACGACGGGACGGAAGUGGUGCUUAAUGCACCGGCGACUUGCGUGAGCUGCAGUUACUCGUGA